UUGCAGGUAUAUCAGUAUCCUGAUCAUUCAUAAAUUAUUUAUACUCCAUCUGGUACGUUAAAAAACCGCAGUGAGCGUUCCAGUAUUAUUAUAUUUCAAUCUCUUAUCUCUAUAGUACAGCGAUCAGUUAUUUGAGCAGAGAGAAACCUGAUUUGAGUGUGUAGAUGGUCGCCUGCAAACAUGGCGUCUGUCGGCAGGAUUUUGUCCCAUGAUAUAAGACAGAAUAUACAAAAUUUCAAAUCGCUAUUUGGAAAAGAUUGUCGCUGGUUGUCGUCCCAGGCUAUCGAGACCCAAGCAAAAUCCUCAAAGGAAAAUGCCGAUGAUAAACGAAAGGUUGAUGACAGAGAAAACACUGCCCCACUUGAAUUCAGAUUCAAGUACCCCGAAUUUCUCCCCGAUCCAAAUGCUGCCUAUAGGAAUUCAACAAGAGAAAGAUUGGAGCGUAUGGAUAUGAUGGCACGGAGGGCUCACAUAGACAUUCCAACAUUCUACGUUGGCUCUAUCCUUGCUGUUACACUUUCCGAUUCACACGCCGUUGGAAAGACAAACAGAUUUGUUGGCAUUUGUAUAGAAAGAAAGGGCUGUGGGUUGAGAGCUAGUUUUAGACUAAGGAACGCCAUUGACAAACAGGGAAUGGAAGUCGUAUACAACAUGUACGAUCCGACAAUUCAAAAAGUAGAAUGCCUUAGGUUGGAGAAAAGACUCGAUGACAAAUUACUUUACCUACGUGAUUGUCCUAUUGAGUACAGCACUUUUCCAUUUGAUAUGGAACCAGAGCUCAUUGACGAAACAGCUCCUGUCCGUAUUAACACACUCAAGGUACCCUUAAAGCCUCCGCCAUGGCUUGAGAGAUGGGAGAGACAGGAUUUGAAAGGAGUCCAAGAAUUUGAAGUUAACGAAAAACGUAGGAGGAAAGCAGAGAAACAUAAGACACCUUGGGAGGAAUUUGAUCUAAUGAAAAUUUACCGUCAAACCAUACCAAUGGAAGAUCAGAAGGACAUAUUCGCUGAAGUGUAUUCAGAUCUUCACAAGCUUGAAAUAACAAGACGCAAAAUGGCCCGCAAGCGCAAAUUCAAUCGCCCCGAUAAGCCGACGUAGAAUAAUUUCACUAAAAUACGAAUGUACACACAAUUAUGUUAACAUGUAGAUGAAAUAAAUACAAACUAUCAUUUCUAUGAUUACAGAAAUGAAAAAUAAAAACGUGAUUGAAUAUGUGUCAAA